UCCUUGGUACAACACAUCUAUGCCAUUGAUGGCUGAUACUACUGCUGUUGACUUCAUCGGUCCUGAUCCUCGGCCUAUCUCGCCUGACUUACACCAGGUCUGGUUCGGUACCGAUUCUCGUCAGAUUCCCAAAUUCUGGUCUGAACUUGAGAGCAGUCUUGGUGUUCGAGCCGGACAAGACGCGGGAAUGCCUGUCGAUUGUCGAGUCCUUCUGGCGUCCUGCCCGUGGGAUGGUCAUGGCAUGACUGAUGGCAUUGUAACAUUCCUGAUUUCCAACCGCAAGACGGCAGAUAUUUAUCUGACAAAGGAGACCAGAGACGCCUGCGACUUUCUAGGGUCAAAAUUGGCAUUGGGAGGUUGGCGACGCAGUGUGGAAAGGUUCACUCCAGAGAUGAACCCCCGUAGCCUCCAAGAGUGGGUGGACGGGCGCGUCCCCAAUACGGCGGUAGGGUUUUGGCUUAUUGAUCCAGCUCAAUUAGGCCCACCUAGUGAGCCUGAUGCCAUGGACUUCCCAGACAACGAGCCCGCGGUGCUUAACCUUGCGGGGCGGGACUCGAAGAUGGAAUCAUGUUUGUUUGGCCUCAGAGGCCUCAGGAAUUAAUGAGGUCGCGAUGCUAGGCUUGACAGAGUCAUAAUCAUUAUCACCCUCUG